UGCUGACUUACUUCCGGUCUUUGUGACUCAUUGUGUCUGUGUCGAGGCGUUGGGAGGGCCUAGGUUGGUGUGCGGUGCCCUUCGGCCGGGUUGAGCCCGGGAGUCAGCCGUGCUUGGUUGCUCGGUGUCCCCAGGCCACUCCGGAGACUCACGGAAGUAGUGCAGAAAGCAAUAGGAAACAGUUGCUAGGACGGAAAUUCCAGCCUGACCUGUUGGACCCCACCACUUCCCUGAGCCUGAAUGAUGACUGCCGAGUCAAGGGAAGCCACCGGUCUGUCACCACAGGCUGCACAGGAGAAGGAUGGCAUAGUCAUCGUGAAGGUGGAAGAGGAAGAUGAGGAAGGCCACAUGUGGGGGCAGGACUCCAGUGUGCAGGAGACACCACCGCCCGACCCAGAGGUGUUCCGCCAGCGCUUCAGGCGCUUCUGUUACCAGAACACUUUUGGGCCUCGAGAAGCUCUGAAUCGACUAAAGGAACUUUGUCAUCAGUGGCUUCGACCCGAAGUCAACACCAAGGAACAGAUCUUAGAGCUGUUGGUGCUGGAGCAGUUCCUGUCCAUCCUGCCCAAAGAGCUGCAAGUCUGGCUUCAGGAGUACCGGCCUGACAGUGGAGAGGAGGCCGUGACUCUUCUAGAAGACUUGGAACUUGAUCUGUCAGGACAGCAGGUCCCAGGUCAAGUUCAUGGGCCUGAGAUGCUUGCCAGGGGGAUGGUGCCUCUGGAUCCAGUUCAGGAGUCCUCAAGCUUUGACCGUCAUGAAGCUACCCACUCUCACUUCAAGCAUUCAUCUCGGAAACCUCGCCCUUUGCCAUCCCGAGCUCUCCCUGCCACCCACGUUCCUGCCCCUCAUCAUGAGGGGAAUCCCAGAAACCAAGUGAUGGCAUCUGCACUAUUGACCGCAGAUUCCCAGGCAAUGGUGAAGAUCGAGGACAUGGCCGUGUCCCUCAUCCUGGAGGAAUGGGGAUGUCAGAACCUGGCUCGGAGGAAUCUCAAUAGGGACAGCAGGCAGGAGAAUUUGGGGAAUGUGUUUUCCCAGGGUUCUGAGAACAGAAAUGGGAAAGAGUCAACCUCAAAGGCUGAAGUCAAAGAAGAUUCCACCUCACAUGGGGAAACAGCAGGAAGAGUCCAGAAAGAUUUUGGAGAGAAACGUGAACAACAGGGCAGAGUAGUUGAAAGGACUACUCUUUUUCUUCAGAGGAACCCUGAAGAAAAAACUGGCAAAGAGAAGAAAGAGCCUGGGCCACCCACAGCCAAGGAAAAAAAGCCCACUGCAGGAGAAAGAGGCCCAAGGGAGAAGGGCAAAGGUCUGGGAAGAAGCUUCAGCCUGAGUGCAAACUUUAAUAACACCUCCGAAGAGCUUCCAUCGGGAGCAAAGACUCAUAGGUGUGAUGAGUGUGGGAAAUGCUUCACAAGAAGCUCCAGCCUUAUCCGCCAUAAAAUCAUCCACACUGGAGAGAAGCCCUAUGAAUGUAAUGAGUGUGGGAAAGCCUUUAGUCUCAAUUCAAACCUUGUCCUACAUCAGCGAAUCCACACAGGAGAGAAACCUCAUGAAUGUAAUGAGUGUGGGAAAGCCUUCAGUCAUAGCUCAAAUCUCAUCCUGCACCAGCGCAUCCACUCUGGAGAGAAACCCUACGAAUGUAAUGAGUGUGGCAAAGCCUUCAGCCAGAGCUCAGACCUCACGAAGCACCAGAGAAUCCACACAGGGGAGAAGCCCUAUGAAUGUAGUGAAUGUGGAAAAGCUUUCAACCGAAACUCAUACCUUAUUUUGCACCGGAGAAUUCACACUCGAGAAAAACCCUACAAGUGCACUAAAUGUGGCAAGGCCUUUACCCGGAGCUCAACCCUCACCCUGCACCAUAGAAUCCAUGCCAGAGAGAGAGCCUCAGAAUAUAGUCCAGCCUCUCUGGAUGCCUUUGGAGCAUUCCUGAAAACUUGUGUGUAAAGCAAUAGUGUGUCACCAAACCAUUUCCCCUCUUUUGUUUCUAAAAUUAUGUCAGACUUAUGUGCCCAUCAAGGGAAAAGUAAUUAACACCAUCAAAUUGUUUGAGAAGUCACAUGUAAGGAGCCUUAAGAGUUACAUCGACAGUGUUCUGCCCUUGGGGGGGUCUGUAGGCAUGUAAUUCUUAAAGUCCUUACAAGGGAAAGCUGGUCAUGUGGAUAUUCUUUAGGCUAUUUCCACUCGAGAUAAAAGCACACACAGUGAAAUGCCAAGCUUUCCAGUAGUGGAUGUACGAAUCAAGACUGGCUCUGUGAAUACUAAACUGAAGUUAAGAAGCCACUUAUUGCCAACAAGUCCUGCUCAGACAACCUAUAUUUCUCAAUGAAGAGAGAUGGUUAAUACAAAAACUACAUUGGGACAUGCUGCUCAAGCAAGUUAUAUAUCCAGAUCUGAUAUAUAUCUGAUCACUGGUAGCCUGCCAAAGCUAUAGAAAUCUAGGACUGCUGAUCAGAAUCAAACCAAAGAUUUCUAUCUCUCUGAAAGAGGGUAUAUGCACCAGUUUGUAGUUCUAAGGACUGUAACGGAUGUGGAUGGCUAUGCCAUCAUUAGCAAGGUCAGUCUUACUGAAACAGCAACAAUUCAAGAUGCUUCUCUCCCUCUUCAAUGUCCCUAAAGCACUGUAGCACUCCUAAAUGCACUCUCCACAAGUUAGCACUUGAUUAUAUACCAUCUUUUAAUCCUCCAUCGUUCAGUGUAUGGAAGCUUUUAUCAACCCCACCCCACCCCC